AUGAGAUAUGCAUCUCUUUUUAUAAAAUACCUAUGAGGCUACUAUGCAUUUUUUUCAAACGAUGGUGAUUCUUACUAUGAAAAAGGAUAUGCUUUAAAUAAAUUAGGAAGAUACUCAGAAGCACUAGAAAGCUAUGAAAAAGCUAUCAGCAUCAAUCCAAAUAAUGCCAGGUUUUAUAAUCGUAAAGGCGAUAAUCUUUAUGUUUUAGAGAGAUAUCAAGAAGCAAUACAAUGCUAUGAUGAGGCAAUCAAACUUGAACCCAAUAAUCCUUUGCAUUUCUGCAGCCGAGCUAGAAUAUUUAAUAGUCUCAGACAAGAAGAAGCAGCUUUGCAGGACUUUAAUAGGGCUUAUAAUUUGAAGCAAGAAAAUCAAGUAAGUGGCGUUUUCACUGGGGAUGAAUGGAAACUUUCUGAAAAAGACAUAAAUUUUAUUAACGACGCAUUACGCCGAUCCCUAAAGAACUAUUCCAAAAAAUGCAGAUUUAAAAUAAAAUUUGAUUCUAAUACUCUUUUGUAA